GGCAAACCCCUCUCCUCGCAUGGGUUAUGUUUAUUGUGUUCAUUUGCCGCCGGUUUUGUUAUUUGAGCAUGCAGAUUCUGUGACAGCUACACAAAGAAAGCACCUUUAUUCGCACUAAAAUGUCCUCCGACACAGCCGGUAGUGUUGGAGGAAUUCAAGGCUACCUGAUAAAACUCCAUAGUUAUCUCACUGAUCCUGAUACAAGGAUUGCAGCUCUAAGGUGCCAUGAUAUUAUUGGAGAUUUAGGGCAAGAAUGCAUGGUUACAAAGAGUGAGAGUGAAUUAGUUUUGCAGACGUCCUUGCUAUUUGCAAAAGAAGGAGGUUUGCUCAGUUUUCUCAGAAAAUCCUUGUCCAAUGAAGAGCUAAGAGAUGCCCGAUUGGAUAUUCUGCACCUUUUGGAAAGCUUUCUUCAAAGGCUAUCCACUGUCAAAGGAUGGGAGAAGACUUAUGCCAUUGAGCUGAAGGAUGCUUGUUUGGUUGUGUACACCAAAGACAAAGCGGCCAAAUGCCGUGCCCCUGCCUUGGAGCUACUGAUCAAGCUCUUGUAUCUGACAAAGGAUUCCAGUGUUGGCCAAAACUUGCAAGUGAGGGAUAUGUUCAACAAGUUUUAUGGCGAACUCUGUCAGAAGAACAAGAUACCUGAUACAGUGCUUGGUAACAUCUAUGAGCUCUUGGGUGUAUUGGGUGAAGUCCAUCCCAGCGAGAUGGUAGCAAACUCAGACAAACUCUACAGAGCAUACCUUGGAGAGCUGAAAGGCCAGAUGACCUCCGCUACGAGGGAGCCAAAAUUGCCAGUGGUGGCUGGGUGCCUGAGAGGGAUCACAGCGCUCAUGGUGAACUUCACCAAGUCAAUGGAGGAGGAUCCCACAACUUCAAAAGAAAUCUUUGAUUAUGCACUGAAAGCCAUUAGUCCUCAGAGUGAGAUGAAACGAUAUGCCGUCACCUUUGCUGGACUCAGGCUGUUUGCUAAGCAUGCCGUCCAGUUCAGCAGCUGUCUGAUGGAUCACUACAGGACAGUGUUUGAGGUCAUGUCCAAACUGUGUGGCCACAUCAAUAUGGAAAUGAAGAAGACCAGUUAUUAUGCCCUGGAAUCAUUUCUUAAACAAGUAGCAGUUCUGGUGGCAGAAAACAUUGAAGAGCACAAAAGCAAGCUGAAGUUCUUUAUGCAGAAAUUCUGUGCCAUCAUUAAGACCUUGGACUCUUCCAACAAGGAGCUCUCCAUUGCCAUACGAGGAUAUGGGCUAUUUGCAGCUCCGUGUAAGGUGGUCUGCCCGCAGGACGUGGACUUAAUGUACACCGAGCUGAUUCAGCGCUGCAAGCAGAUGUACCUCACUGAGUCAGACCGGGAUGAUGACAACAUCUACCAGCUGCCCAGCUUCCUGGACUCCAUCGCCAGUGUCCUCGUACACCUGGACAAGAUCCCUGAGGUCUACACACCAGUUCUGGAGCGGCUUCUGGUGGUCCAGAUGGACAGCUUCCCCCAGUACAGCCAGCGGAUGCAGCACACCACCUGCCGAGCCAUCAUCAAGGUGCUCGUUGCCAUGGCAGCCAAGGGUCCAGUGCUGUGGAGCUUCAUCAGUUCUGUUGUGCACCAGGGAUUAAUCCGUGUUUGUUCAAAGCCAAUACCUCAACUAGAGGAUGGUGGCCCUUCUCAGGGUGGUCCCUCACAGGGAGAAGGUGGGGAGUCCUCCCAGAUGCGCACAGGGAAAUGGAAAGUUCCAUCCUGCCGGGACUAUCUUGAUCUUUUCAGGGGAAUUCUAGAUUGUGAAAAUCUCACUCACACUGGGUUUUUGGAUGGAACCCUGGAGUCCCAAAACUCCAACCUGUCCUCCUUGAAUCGACUUUUGUACGAUGAGGUGGUGAAGUCCGUCAUAAAAGUCAUCGAGAAGCUGGAUCUCUCAGUGCAAAAACUCAACACGGAGGAGGCAGAGCAGGGUCAGACUGAUGGAGGCAGCGCCCUUGUGCCAUCAUCAGACCCUGCCGCCCAUCUCAUCCCCAACAGACCCAAAGACUUCACUGCCUUUAUCAACCUGGUGGACUUCAGCAGUGAGCUGCUGUCCCAGAAGAGGCUGGAGUAUUUCGAGCAGUGGGUGUACCCUCUGAGCCACGAGCUCAUCCUCCAGUCCAUCCGCUUCCCACUGGUCAGCGGUUUCUACCGCCUGCUCUCCCUCACCAUGACCAUCGCCAAGAAGAUCAAAUACUUCCAGGGUAUUAGCCCCAAGAGCUACAAAGCUAAAGAGGACAAGGACCCAGUUAAAUGUGCCUGCUUUGCUCUCGUGUCCAAGUUUGGAAAAGAGGUGUCAGUGCGUAUUAAGCAGUAUAAGGACGAGCUGCUAGCUGCCUGCCUGACAUUUGUCUUGUCGCUGCAUCAUGAAGUUGUGGCUCUGGACAUCAAGGCCUACAUCCCUGCCCUUCAGGCUGCCCUGCGUUUGGGUCUGAGCCACGCGCCCCUGGCCACGGCUGCGCUGGACGCGCUGGAGCUGUGGUCGUCGCACAUCCCGCGCGAGGCCAUGCAGCCGCACUACGGCGACAUCCUGCCACACCUGGACGGCUACUUGAAAACCGCCGCUGGGGACAAAGAGGACAGUGGUAUGGAGGUGAUGUGUCUGUCCUCUGGCACUGAGAAGGGUUAUGGGAGAGUGAUGAUGAGACUGCUGAAGAAGGCAAAGCACCUGCCUAUGGGAGAUGAGUCGCCCAUCGCGGUGGUCAGGAGGAGGGUCGUGCGACUCCUGGGCCACCUGGGAGGGCAGCUGAACCGCAGUCUGGUGACUGCCAUCUCUGCAGAGGACAUGAUGAAGAGGUUUGUUGCGUGGGACAGUGAGAGGAGGCUGAACUUCGCCGUGCCCUUCUCGGACAUGAAGCCCGUCAUUUACCUGGACUGUUUCCUGCCUCGCAUCACAGAGCUGGCACUGACCUCCAGCGACAGACAGACCAAGGUGGCCGCUUGUGAGCUUCUCCACAGUCUGGUGGUGUAUAUGGUGGGUAAGGGGGCUCAGAUGGCCGAGGGGGACAAGUCCAAUCCUCCCAUGUACAACCUCCACAAGCGCGUCUUCCCCGUGCUGCUGCGGCUGGCCUGUGAUGUGGACCAGGUGACGAGGCAGCUCUUUGAGCCUCUGGUUAUGCAGCUUAUCCACUGGUUCACCAACAACAAGAAGUUUGAGAGUCAGGACACCGUUGCUGUGUUGGAGGCCAUCCUGGACGGCGUGAUCGACCCGCUGGACAGCACCCUGCGGGACUUCAGCGGCCGCUGCAUCCAGGAGUUUGUGAGGUGGUCCAUCAAGCAGACCACGCCCAAGCAGCAGGAGAAGAGCCCGGCCAACAUCAAGUCCCUCUUCAAGCGCAUCUACAGCCUGGCGCUGCACCCCAACGUCUUCAAGAGGCUGGGCGCCGCGCUGGCCUUCAACAGCAUCUACAGGCAGUUCAGGGAGGAGAAUUCCCUGGUGGAGCAGUUUGUCUUUGAAGUUCUUGUUGUGUUUGUGGAGAGCUUGGCGCUGGCCCACGCAGAUGAGAAGUCCAUGGGAACGGUGCAGCAGUGUAGCAGCGCCCUGGAGCACCUGAAGAGGAUCAUCAAGCACAAGGCUGCCUCCCUCAGCCAGAGCUCCAAGCGACGCGUGCCCAGAGGGUUUCCCCCAGACAAAGCCCUCUCCCUGUUGGAGGUGGUGUUGUGGUUGCUGGAGCAGUGUGGCCGACCACAGAGCGAAUGUAGACACAAAUGCAUGGAGCUCUUCUUCGAGUUUGUGCCUUUACUGCCAGGGAAGAGCUCCCCUGCCCAGUGGCUGGAGGAGCAGGUGAAGAAGCAGGGCAAGGGCUUCCUGGUGUCCAGGCUGGAGGGGGGAGGCCUGCUGAGCCAGCCCACUCUCAGGGCCCUGCAGGCCCCCUUCAGCGUCAGGGUCACCCUGCAGUGGAUGGACGUGCUCCUGGCCGCCCUGGACUGCUACAACACCUUCACAGGCCUGCGCCUCAUUCAGCCGCAGCAGAUACUGGGGUCAGAGGAGAAGUCAAGCUUCCUGCCGGCACUGCAGUUCUUCCUCACAGAGCUUGCUGGACAAGACCUGGACGCAGCAGAGCGCUGUUUCCACACGGGGGCGCCACCCUCCCUCUACAGCCCCCGUGAGCAAGAACUCUAUUCCUAUAGCAAGUGCACCAUCAUCGUACGGCUGCUGGAGUUCAACACUAUGGUGCUGGUCAAGUGCCAGGAAGACACCUGGAAGUUGUUAGAGGCUGACAUCUUCAACUCUGCCUUCUUUGAACUGGUUGCUAUGACCGUGUGCGAGCCGUCCUCCGUUGGGUUUGACAUGGCAGACCUGGAGGUGAUGACUCACCUGCCGCAGGUGUGCUUGCCCCUGCUCAAGGCUCUGGCCUCCUCGCCCUACAGACAUAACCUGGAGACCAGCCUCAAGAAGAGAAUCUCCACUCAAAGCGUGGAGGACCUGUGUAUAGUUGAUUUUUAUGAUCCGGACACUCGUGGUAGCCACACUAAGACCGAGAUGAUGCUCUCUGCCUGCAAGCAGCUUCACCAGGCCAACCUUCUUACCACUGUACUUCACAAUAAGGAUGCCAGCUACAGCCAGUCUCUGGGCUCCCGGCUGCUUCUGGCCAUUUAUAAAGGCAUAGCCCCGGGAGAGGACAGGAAGUCCCUCCCAUCCAUGGAUGUUGGCAGCAGGAAGUUGGCUGAGGGGCUUGUUCAGCUGUCAUUCUCACUGGGUGGACAGAGUGAGCAGGUAGUGGGCCUGUUACUGAACACCAUCUCUCUGUCGGUGCCUCUGUCUGGCAGUCUGAACCCUAAGUUCCUGAGCUUCUCGCAUGGCGAGUACUUCUACAGCCUGUUCUACUCCACCAUCAACGCUGAGCUGCUGCGCUGCCUGGAUGCCACUGUGCCUCUGCUGCUGGCUGCUGCCACCCAGAACUCAAGCAUGGUGAGCGUUCUGCUCAACGGAAUGUUGGACCACAGUUUCCGGGAGCGUGCGGUGAGGCGGAGUCAGGGCACGCUAUUGGCCGAGCAGAUUCUCCAGAGGUGGGAGUCUCUGCGGCCGUGGUGGGGGAGCCCCGCCUCUUCUCCCCAGAACAAAACGGCCACCCUCACGCUCCUCUCCAAAGUGCUGCAGAUUGACUCCUCGGUGUGUUCGAACAUCAACCACCAGGCCUUCCAGCCCGUCUUCACCACCUUCACCACUCUCAUCAUCGAUAUGAGCCUGCCUCUGGACCUCAAGAGCCAGGCUCUGAUCAUGCUGCCGUUCUUCACCGUGCUGCCGGCCGAGCCACUGGCGGAGUUGCAGAGGGCCCUGGAGGGCCUGGUGGCCUCCCACUUCCCCAUGCAGUCGGAUGAGUUCCCCCGUGGCUCUCUGCAGUGCAACAACUACAUGGACUGCGUUCGCAAGUUUUUAGAUGCCUUGGAACUGUCCCAGAGUCCAAUGCUGCUGAAGCUCAUGGCUGGAGUUCUGUGCCGUGACAGGAAGCACAUCAUGGAAGAGCUGUUCCAGACCUGCUUCCAAAAGAUUGCCAGACGUUCCAGUGUUGAGCGGCAGGUGGAGUUGCUCUCUGCCGUCCACAAGACGUUCCGUGAUGGAGACGUUCCGGUGCGUUCCAUGCUGCUGGCGGUGCUGGACCGCGUGCUUCUCCCUCUGGCUACUCACUGCAGCUCUAGGGCCCUCAGCCAGUUCUUCAUCACCAACAUCUCGGACAUCAUGGCUACCCUGCAAGCCCGCUUCACCAAGUCCAACGAGGCCACCUUUGAAACUCAGGUGAUGAUGAAGAGAGGCUUCUUCAAGCUGAUGGAGCUGCUGUACUCUCGUCUGCCGAAGGAUGAGCUCUACUCCAAAGACUCUCAGAUCAAUCAGGCCUUCUGUGGAGCAGCCAAGUCUGAGGGCAAUGAACUCUCAAAGAAUCUGCUCAAGUCAUGUUUCGAGGCCUUCACGGAGAACAUGACGGGAGAGACCCAGCUGCUGGAGCUGAGGAGGCAGCUGCACUGCGCCGCCUACAACUGCGCCAUCGCCCUCAUCUGCUGCAGCUUCAACGAGACCAAGUUCUACCAGGGCUUCCUCUUCACCGAGAAGCCAGAGAAGAAUCAGUUUAUAUUUGACAACCUCAUAGAUAUCCAGAAGAUGUACAACUUUCCCAUUGAAAUUGAUGUUCCUAUAGAGCGAAAGAAGAAGUAUGUCAUGAUCCGUAAGGAAGUGAGUGGAGAGAAUGGAGACGUGCCAGUAUACCUCUCCUCCCAGUCUUACAUGGCAGAUAGCAGUCUAAGCGAGGAAAUGAGUCAAUUCGACUUCUCCACUGGGGUGCAGAGUUUCUCCUACAAUUCCCAAAAUCCAUCAGCCCAUAGUAGGGCUAAGAAGACCCAGCAGCAAGCGGAAAUAGCCUCCCAGGAAGAGAUGGUGGAGUUGGAGAUGGAUGAGCUGAACCAGCACGAGUGUAUGGCCACUAUGACCGCUCUUCUCAACCACAUGCAGCGGAACAAUAUCACACCCAAAGUCCAGGAGGGAACGUCUGCCUCUGACCUGCCUCCCUGGAUGAAGUUCCUGCACGGGAAGCUGGGGAAUCCAUCCACGGCUCUAAAUAUCCGCCUGUUCAUCGCCAAACUCAUUAUCAACACAGAGGAGGUUUUCCGUCCCUAUGCCAAACACUGGCUGGGUCCACUACUGCAGCUGGUGGUGUCUGGGAAUAACGGUGGGGAGGGGAUCCACUUCAUGGUGGUGGACAUCGUGGUCACUGUUCUCUCCUGGACCAGCCUGUCCACUCCCAAGGGCAACACCAAAGACGAGGUCCUAGCCAACCGUCUGCUGGAGUUCCUGAUGCGGAACAGCUUCAACCAGAAGAGGCCGGUGUUCCGCCACAACCUGGAGAUCAUCCGCACGGUGGUGGAGUGCUGGAGGGACUGCCUGCAUGUGCCCUACAGUCUGAUCUACGAGCGCUUUGCUGGGACCGACCCCAACAGCAAGGACAACUCUGUCGGCCUGCAGUUGCUGGGCAUCGUGCUGGCUAACAACCUGCCUCCCUACGAUGCAGAAUGUAGUGUGGACCAGGACCGGUAUUUCCAGUCCCUUGUCAAUAAUCUGGGUUUUGUUCGGUAUAAAGAGGUCUUCUCUGCUGCUGCUGAAAUCAUUGGUCUGAUCUUAAAUUACCAGGCUGCGAAAAAUCAACAUGAGGAGUCUUUAUUCAACAUCACCGUUUCAAAGCUGAUGGACUUGAAGAAGAAAAACAUGGACGACAAAUUCAUUAUUGGACUCAGCAAAGUGUGUAAGCACUUCCCCCCUCUAGUGGACAGGUUUGUCAAUGCGGUGUUCUUCCUGCUACCAAAGCUGCACGGCAUCCUGAAGACUCACUGUCUGGAAUGUGUGGCCAGUCGGGCUGAGGUCAUUCCCGACAUCUACAUGCACCUCAAGACCAAAGACUUCACCCAGAUCAUGAGCCACAGAGAUGAGGCCAGGCAGCGUGUGUGUCUGGACAUCGUGCAUAAGCUGCUGGCCCCGCUGAAGCCAGAGGAGCUGAAGGAGCUGCUGCCGGCCGUCUGCGCGUUCUCCUCCCACCCGUCGCCCGUGUGCCGCGAGCGCAUGUACGACAUCCUCAUGUGGAUCCAGGACAACUACAGUGAUUCUGAGAGCAAGGAAGACCCCAUUUCUCUGGAGGUGCUGAAUGCGGCCAAAGACACCCUGCUUCAGGGACUCACUGACGAUAACUCUGGGCUUCAGCUGUAUGUGCGUAACUUCUGGAGUCAGGAGCAGCGGUUGCCCGGGGCAACGCUGGAGCGGAUGCUGGUGGUGCUGCGGUCGCUGUACUCGCCGCGCAUCGAGGAGCGCUUCCUCAGCCUGGCCACCGACCUGCUGCUGGAGAGGACCAGCCAGAGCCCCGACUACACCCGCAACAUGUUCGAGUACCCGCUCUCCGAGUGCAAGUUCCAGGACUACAAGGUCGAUGCCAACUGGCGCGUGCGUAGCACAGUGCUCACCCCCAUGUUCGUGGAGACCCAGGCGUCUCAGAGCCAGGGCAGCGCCAGCGGCAGUGGUAGUGCUGGCUCCCAGUCCAGCAGCGCAGUCGGGCAGGUCAGGGCCACGCAAGGCUCCCUGGAGUUCAGCCAGACGCAGGCUCCAGGCUCAGGGAGACGCACAGCGUACAACUGGCUGACGGGCAGCAGUGUGGACACGCUGGCGGAGUACUCCCUGCCUGCGUCUGAGUCCAUGUCGUCGCUGCUGGUGUUUGGGAAGAGGGAGCGGCCCCCCUCCUGGAAGAGCGUGGGGGCGGGGUUUGGCUCCAAGCGCAGCGCCGCCCCCUCAGAUGAGGCCGACAGCAGGAGUGCAGCUGAGCGGGAGCGGCGUGCGGACAUUCUGAGGCUGCGGAGGCGCUUCCUGAAGGACCAGGAGAAAGUCAGCCUGCACUUCGCCAAGAAGGAGAUCAGCUCCCAGAGACAGGAGAGGGAGAAGCGAGUGGAGCAGAAGAUCCGGCGGGAUGCCCAGGUGACGCUGUACCGCAGCUACAGGGUGGGAGAUCUGCCCGACAUCCAGAUCCAGCACAGCAGCCUCAUCGCACCACUGCAGGCCCUGGCACAGAGGGACGCCACCCUGGCCAAGCAGCUGUUCAGCGCUCUGUUCUCCGGAAUCCUCGCCGAAAUGGAACGCUCCAAGUCCUCUAGUGAGCGGAGGGGGGUUCUGGAGGACCUGCUGCAGAACAUGAACGUUUUCUUGAACAAGAGCACCGUGUACUUCCCCCCGUUUGUGGCAUGUGUGCAGGACAUGAGCUACCAGCACAGGGAGCUGUUGGGGGUGCAGCCAGGGGCAGUGAGCUCCAGCUGCCUGGCUAGUCUACAGCAGCCCAUGGGCAUCCUGCUGCUGGAGGAGAGCCUGCUGAGGGGCCCGGUCAUGCCCGACGAGCCGCCCUCCAAACGGGCACGCGGACGCAGAGAGCUGCCCCUCGACACCGAGCGCUGGAUCCACCUGGCCAAGCUGUACCGCUCUCUUGGGGACUAUGAUGUGGUGAGGGGCAUCUUUGGAGGAAAGAUCGGCACCAAGGCCAUCACCUGUUCAGCACUACAGGCCGAGGCGAAGAGUGACUAUGCUGAGGCUGUCAAGCUCUAUAACGAGGCACUGAAUAUUGAGGAGUGGAGCGACGGUGAUCCGCUGGACACGGAGAAGGACUUCUGGGAGAUAGCGGCCCUGGACUCCUACAGUCACCUGACCGAGUGGAAGUCCCUGCAGUACUGCGCCACGGUCAACAUUGACGACAGCGCGCCGGUGAACCUGGAGAAGAUAUGGAGCGAGCCCUUCUACCAGGAGAACUACCUGCCCUACAUGAUGCGUAGCAUGCUGAAGCAGCUGCAGCUGGGCGAGCGCGACCAAUCGCUGCUGAGCUUCGUGGACGGCGCCAUGAAGGUGGAGGAGCGCAAGGUGGUGAUGGAGACGCACUACAGCCAGGAGCUCAGCCUGCUCUACGUGCUGCAGGAGGACUACGACCGCGCCAAGUACUACGCCAACAACUGCAUGCAGGUCUUCAUGCAGAACUACUCCAGCAUCGACCCGCUGCUGAACCAGAGCCGGCUGACGGUGCUGCAGUCUGUGCAGGCGCUCACUGAGAUCCAGGACUUCCUGCACUUCAUCACAGGAGACGUAUCUGUGACGUCAUUGAAAAACCUCAUCAGGCUCUGGAGCGCACGUUACCCUGACGCCAAAAUGGACCCCAUGAAUGUGUGGGAUGACAUCAUCACCUCUCGCUGCUUCUUCCUGGACAAGAUCCUGGAGAAGCUGAGAGCGUCGGCGUCGCCCGACGACAGCAUGGAGGUGGACGGAGACGGGGCGGAGGCCGAGCGGCCCGAGGACAUGGAGGCGCUCGUCAAGGACUGCAAGUUCAACAUGAAGCUCCGCAUGGCAGACAGUGCAUGGAAACAGAAUUGCUUCCCGGUGUCCACCAAGCUUCUGAAGGAGCUGCACCGCGAGGCCAAGACGCAGGACGGCUGGCUGCUGCGCUGGGUGCACACCUUCAGCCUCUUCACCCACAAGCGCAGCGCCAGCCUGGGGCCCAGCGAGCACAUCGGCAGCCUGCUCAAGACUCUGCCUCUGCUGGAGGACACUGAGCGGCAGAGUGAGCGCUCAGGUCAGGGCCGUGUGUACCGCAGCCAGCGGAUCCUCAUGGGCACGUCCUUCCACCUGCUGGCCUCGGCCCUCCAGCACAACCCCUCUGCUCUGGAGACCAUCGGCCAAGACAAGGCCAGCAGGCUGCUGCAGUAUGCUGAGGCCUCCUCAACCAGCACACAGGAGGCAGUUGUGGAGAAACUGCAGUUGCGUGCCUUAGAGUUGCUUAGAAGCGCCACCCGCAGGGCAGAAGAGGAAGUGCAGUCUUUCUCCCAGCAGCACUGGGACACAGCUGGCAUCGUUGAGGCCCACAUGACCCUCGCCAACUUCUGUGACAAGAUACUCCGGGAGGAUGAGCAGAGAGGAGGAACAGUAAGCAAAGUUGUGGAGCAGCAGGCCCUGCCUGUGUGUGUGGUGGAGUCCAUGCUGAAAGCCCUGAGACUCAACUCGGAGGAGGCUCGACUCCAGUUCCCGCGCCUGCUGCAGCUGGUGGAGCUCUACCCUGCAGAGACCCUGCACAUCAUGGCCAAAGAGGUUGUCGCAGUGCCCUGCUGGCAGCUGAUUGGCUGGAUCAGUCAGAUGAUGGCCCUGCUGGACAAGCCUGAGGCGGUGGCGGUGCAGCAGGUGAUCUUGGAGAUCGCCGAGUCCUACCCGCAGGCGCUGGUCUACCCCUACAUGAUCAGCAGCGAGAACUACUCGUUUGAGGAGACGGCGGAGGGACACAAGAACAAAGAGUUUGUGGAGAGGUUAAAACCCCUGCUUGAUAAGGGAGGAGUCAUCCAAGAUUUUGUCAAUGCCUUGCAGCAGCUGACAAACCCUGAAAUGCUCUUUAAGGACUGGUGGGACGAGGUGAAGAAUCAGCUGGACAAACCCAAUCUGGACAAGAAGAAGAUGAAGGCUCUGUAUGAUGAGAUGCACUCCUCUCUGGGGGACUCCAGAGCUAUGGGCUUCGGCUCCUUCCGCAAGAAGUUCAUACAGAAAUUCAAUAAAGAGGUGGAGAAGGUGUUGGGUUCGGGCGGCUCCAAGCUGUUUGAGAAGCGUAAGGAGAAGACUUACCUGAGGCAGGUAGAUGAGCUGGCGGCCAACAUGCGGGGUUUCCAGAAGGAGCCGGGCAACCUGAAGGAGUAUUCGCCCUGGCUCAGCAACUUCAAGGCCGAAACCCUCAGGGACGAACUGGAGAUCCCAGGACAGUAUGAUGGCAGGUCUAAGCCCUUGCCUGAAUAUCAUGCAAAGAUUACAGGAUUCGACGAGCGGGUCAAGGUCAUGACCUCCAUCAGGCGUCCCAAGCGGCUGGUGAUCCGUGGCGAUGAUGAGAAGGAUUAUCCGUUCCUGGUGAAGGGGGGUGAGGACCUGCGUCAGGACCAGCGCAUCGAGCAGCUGUUCGGCGUCAUGAACAUCCUCCUGCACCGCGACACCGCCUGCUCCCAGAGGAACAUGCAGCUCCGCACCUACCAGGUGGUGCCCAUCACCAGCAGGAUUGGUCUGAUUGAGUGGAUGGAGAACACUUGCACCCUGAAAGACUUCCUGGCCAGUAGACGAACGGAGGAAGAGCAAAAGACUAUUGCGGCACCAAAUGAAUCAUAUGACAGAUGGCUCCAAAAAUAUGGAAAGGACAUAAGACGGUAUGCAGAGUCAUACAGGAAAGCCAGUCGCACAGAAACCGUUAACAACUUCAGGAAGCUUGAACAGAUGGUCCCAGAAGAUCUACUGAGGCGAGCGUUUGUUCGGAUGAGCACGACCCCGGAGGCGUUCCUGUCCCUGCGCUCCCACUUCACCAGCUCCCACGCCCUGCUCUGCGUCAGCCAGUGGCUCCUGGGCAUCGGCGACCGCCACCUCUCCAACUUCAUGAUCAACACCGAGACGGGCGGCAUGAUCGGCAUCGACUUCGGACACGCCUUCGGCUCCGCCACACAGUUCCUCCCGGUGCCCGAGCUGAUGCCGUUCCGGCUGACGCGGCAGUUUCUGAACCUGAUGCGGCCACUGCAGGAGUCCGGUCUGAUCCGCAGCAUCAUGGCGCACUCGCUGCGAGCCUUCCGCGAGCAGCCGGACCUGCUGCUCAACACCAUGGACGUCUUCGUCAAAGAGCCCUCGCUCGACUGGAAGAACUUUGAGAUGAAGCAGCUGAAGAAAGGUGGCAAGUGGAUGGAGAGUGUGGACACUAAGGAGAUUAAAUGGUACCCACUGCAGAAGGUCAGCUUCGCACGGAGGAAGCUGGAGGGAGCCAAUCCUGCCACUAUCACCAGCGAGGAGCUCAUGCUGGGCUUUGAGAAAGACCCCACGGUGAAGGGAAUGCUGGCUGUGGCGCAGGGAACCCCAGAGCACAACGUCCGCGCCCAGAAAGGGGAGAAGGACCUCAGUGUGGAGGAGCAGGUGGACUGUUUGCUGGACCAGGCCACUGACCCCAAUCUGCUGGGCAGGGUCUGGGUAGGCUGGGAGCCCUGGAUCUGAGCUCUCUCUCUCUCUCUCUCUCACUGUCAGGGUACUUAGAUACAACUACUUCAAUGUGAAACUCAUGAUCAUAUGAAUAUCAUGUCCCUUGGAUGUUUUAAGGAUGAAACGCUUGCCAACAGUAAAGCACUGUGCAAUAGAAAGGAAGGAUGGGUCAUGACCACUCAGGCUCACAGUUAAGGACCAAGACCUGCCUCCCAAAUGAUUUACCCUUAGGA